AACAACUGCAUAAUAUAUUAGGUACGAUUCGAUCCUAUCACUUGAUAGUACUAAUAUAAUAUCUAAAUCAAGAUUUGUUACAAUAUAGGAGUUACGAGUUCAACUAGAUUUAGGAAUAUAAUCCCUAAGGCUCCUCAAAUUUGAUUACUCUCUUAGCGUUUUCUGCUAAUGGCGAAUUCACCAGUUAAUAAUAUACCAUACAUUCCCGAUGAUUUACUUUUGAACUGCUUAGCCCGCGUAUCGAGAUUGUACUACCCGAUUCUCUCCUUAGUUUCCAAGAGAUUCCGCUCUCUCGUGUCAUCUCUUGAGCUUUAUGAGAUCCGAAUGCUCUUAGGACACACCGAGAAUUGUCUUUAUCUGAGCUUACGUUUAAGUUCUGAAUCUGAUACACGUUGGCUCACUCUAUGCCGAAGGCCAACUCGAAUCCCUAACCCUAACCCUAACCCUAACUUUAACUCACGAUGGUUCUCUUCUUGCUUUAGACCAGAUAGAAUCCUAAAGAAUCAUACUAUGAAGAAAGAGAAGAAGUCAAGUGACAAUCUCAUGGUCUCAUUCCAAAUUCCCAGUCUUAGUUCUCCAUCGUCUGAGUUGACUGGUAUCGCAAUUGGUUCUAAUAUCUAUAUGAUGAGCAUAUUCAGCAACGGUGUGUUCUCAUCUAGGUUCUUCUUCAUGGACUGUCGGUCUCACACAUUGCAUGAAGCUCCAAGCAUGCAUAGGGCCCCAAAGAAACCCUCCGUUAAUGUUCUUGAUGGGAAAAUAUAUGUAAUCGAAGGCUGCAAAAAUCCCGAUUACUCGAAUUUGAUCGAGUGUUUCGAUCAAAAAACCUUAACAUGGGAGCAUGUGCCAAGCCCUAGCUCGGCGAUACGUGGUAGGUAUAUUACAGCAAGUUUAGUUUUCGACGGAAAGCUUUACCUGUUUGGGGAUAAAAAAUUGGUUUACAAGCCCAACGAAAAUAAAUGGGAUGUGGUAGGAUUGGAGAUGCCUUUGCGUUGGACUCCCUCUUAUAUAUCUUGCGUAGUAGAUAACGUAAUCUACUGUUUUGGAGCAUCUAGAUUGCUCUUGUGGUACAACACAGAGGAAAGAACAUGGAGAUAUUUGAAGGGUUUGAAAAAACUUCCUAAACUACCAAAGGAUUAUACUCGUGUUAGAUUGGUGAAUUAUGGUGGAAAGAUUGCAGUUUUGUGGGAGGAGGAUGUCCGUGUUGGAGACCCUCAGAAGAAGAUGAUUUGGUGUGCUGAGAUUACGCUUGAAAGGCGCAAUGCACACAAGAUUUAUGGGAAGAUUGAGUGGUGUGACGUUGUGCUUACUGUCCCCAAGUCAUGUUCUUUAUUGCAAUUUGUGGCUGUUACUGUUUGAUACUUUGAUGAAUGAAUAGUCACUAAUACCAUUUUCUUUCCAAUUUUAUUGAACGCUUAUUAUAUAAUGCAUCCGACGUUUCUCUCUUAUAAAACUCUAUUUUGAGUUUGUUCUGAGUUUUUUUCUUCUCUCCUUCACUCUAUUUUUGACUCUUAGACAAAGC